GAGCGGUGGAUGUGCAGAGCUGUAGAGAGUUCAGAACAGAAACGGCACGGGUGACUGACAUCUGGGUCCAAUGGUCAGAUUUUAUCUAAUGGGCCUACAUGUAAGGGAUUGCCGCGGUCCUCUCACGAUGCACACACGGUGAGCCCACGCACUAUGGGCCAACUCCAGUCGGCCUUUCGCGCCACGGCCCAUUUCACACAACCAAAACAACCGCGCGAUCCCACAGCUGCCCGCGAAACUGAAACGGCCAUCGCCAGCCGUCCCGCCGUCGGCGAUGCCGCCCGCCGCCGGCGACCCCACGCCCUUCGCCUCCGCCAUCACCACGCCCGACGGGUGGCACCCCCGCACGGUGGAGCGGCGCCUGCUGCACCUCCUCCACCACUGCCCGGACGCGCGCGCCCGCCCGCUCGAGCUCCUUGCGUUCGCCGUCCGCCGCGCGCUCCCCGCCUCCCCGCCGUCGCCGCACCACAACUCCCUCGCGGCGCUGCUCCUCCUCUCCUCGCCGCCACCGCCCGCGCUGCCCCUCCUCCGCCUCCUCCCUCCCGAGCCCCCGCCCCCGCUCCCGCUCCUCAACGCCGCCGUCAAGGCCCUCUCCGCGUCCUCCCCGCCGGCCGACGCCUUCCGGCUCCUCUCCACCCUCCGCCGCCUCCACGCGCCCGACCGCCUCAGCUUCCUGCCCGUCCUCGGCUGUGCCGCCUCCUUGCCGCUCCUCUCCGCACUCCACUCGCUGCUCCUCCGCCUCGGCUUCCUCUCCCACCACGCCAUCUCCCUCGCGCUCCUCAAGCCCUACCCUUUGCCCCACGUCCGCGUCUUGUUCGACGAAAUCCUCCAAAAGAACAGGUGCGCGGUCGCGUACAACACGCUCAUCACGGCGUGCCUCAAGGCCAGGGACAUCCGAGCCGCGCGCCACCUGUUUGAGGAAAUGCAGCGGUACAGGCGAUCCAGGAGGAGCGUGGUUUCUUGGAACCUUAUGAUCGCAGGGUGUGCACGGUGCGGACGAGAUGACAUGGCGGUGUGGUUUUUGGAGGGGAUGGUCGGAGAAGGGGAGGUGGCGCCGGAUGAUGGGACCUUGGCAGCGGUGCUCCCAGCCUGUGGGAGGACUGGAAAUGUUGGAGCAGGGAGGUGGGCGCAUGAGUAUGCGAGGAAGACUGGGCUGUUAGAAAGUACAGUGCAUGUUGCUAACGCGGUGGUGGAUAUGUACUGCAAGUGCGGUGAUGUUGCCAGCGCAAGGGAGGUGUUCGAGGGGAUGCGCCAGCGGAGCGUGGUGAGCUGGAACACUAUGAUUACCGGAUUCUCACUGAAUGGCCAUGGAGUUGAGGGAAUUGAACUGUUCCAAGAGAUGCAGCGGCAAGGAAUGGAGCCUAAUGCUGUGACAUUCUUGGGGGUGCUUGGGUGCUGUGUGCAUGCUGGGGCAGUGGAAGUUGGACGGGAUAUCUUCCAGAGCAUGCAGUUGGAGCAUGGUAUUGAGCCAGCAAUUGAGCAUUAUGGGUGUAUGGUGGAUUUACUUGGAAGGUCUGGCCUUCUUGAGGAGGCACAUGCACUGAUUCAGGAGAUUCCGAUGAAGCCUAAUGCUGCAAUAUGGGGAGCACUGUUAAGUGCAUGCCGUGCCCAUGCUGGUCUCGGCAUUGCUGAGGUGGCUCUGAAAGAGCUUAUCAAUCUUGAGCCAUGGAACUCGGGGAAUUAUGUGUUGUUAGCCAAUCUUUAUGCAGAAACAGGACGGUGGGAGGAGGCAGGGGAGGUGAGGAGACUGAUGAGGACAAUGAGUGUGAAUAAGGCUCCAGGGCAGAGCUUAAUUGAAGAAGCUAGGUUUCAGACGAUAAAUGCAUGCCAAUAGCCAACUCUGAGGAAAUAAAACUUAAGUUUUGAAGGCAAAAUGCUGGGUUUCAUUUUGGAAGGAAAAGUUCCAUGCGUCAACCAAUGUUAUCAAGAGAUGCAGACUAGUAUUUGGAGAAACCAGGCGCGGAAAUCUCUUAAAAAGCAUGUGCACUUCAGGUUGAGAUGUUCCACUUAAAUCCCUUGAUCUUCCUGGUUAAAGUAAGCGGGCACAAGAAUCAAUGAGGAAAUGCUACUUCUGAAAUCAAGCUGGUGGAUCACUUCUUGAAAAACACUGGUUCUGCUGGUAUGGCCUGGGGUCACCUUUCAGGUCCCCCACAACUGCUGCAAGGAGGAGGAGAGGAGCCAGGGCACCGCCAUUUGUUUCUGCGUGCACCAUCCAUCCAGACUUUGUUUUAUCCACUGCCCAUCAACCUGCUGCUGCUAGUGCCCCGUUCUUUACUCCCAGCACCAGCAGCUGCCGAGCUCAAUGGCCGGCUGCUCGUGUCGCGCCGCCUGGGGAUCGGCGCGGCGGUUGCGCGCAAGGCCUGCCGGCCGGCCGCCGGAGCCGGGGGAGCGACAGGCGUUGACCUCGGCAACGUCUCCUCGACCGCCGGCGGUCCAGGUCGUGGGGUGCAAGGAUCGGCUCCCGGGGAUACGCGGCCUCCGGACACGAACCACAGAGGAUCGGGGCAGUAGAUUUUGUGUUCAUGAACCAACUCCACUUGGAUUCUUAAUCCGUCACAAGUAUCGUCAGCUGGAUAAAAUACCAGCAAUCAUGUGCUGGACAAAUUAUAUGUAUAUAUAAAUAUAAUUUGGGAUGCUCGAAAAGGAGUCUACUGAUGAUGAAGAAUGUGGCGCUGCAAUGAUCAAGUGGUAGUGCUUGCUGCCGUAGUGCCAUGCAUGCUGUAUCCUUCUGUUUCUUUAGCGCCACGGCGAUCUCGUUGGAUCUCGCCAUUGGAGCUGGAGGCCAGGGUCGGGUCAGGUCAGCCAGCCUUUUCUUCUUUUUUUUUUCCCUCUCUCGCUCUCUACCUGCAAAGUUUAUCCAUAUAAAAGCCGGGUCUUUUUUCCGUUUCUUUUGUGCCGUGGCAAUGAUAGGAACCCAGCCACUACCUAAACUGUAUCUUUCUUUCCUUCUUGGUUCUUCUUUUGCGCCAUGGCAAUGAUCGGAAUCUACCUACACUUUGGAUCGGAUAAUUGGAUCCUUUUUGCGGGUCUGUGCGAGGCAGCUGCUGCUGCUACAAGGUUGGUGGUGCGUGCCAGUGACGAGUGAAGAUGAUUGGGAGGAAAGCUGGUGG